AUGAAAAAUUUUGCUACUAUUAUAUCUUUAAUUUCUUUUCCUUCAUUGUGUAGUUUAAAAAUUGAUGAUCGAUUAAAUGAUGGAUUAACAAGAGAUAAGAGAGUUGUACAUUAUGACAAUAGUCUAAUGGAAUGGUUUCUUGACAAAGAUGAAUCUGUUUCUACUGAAUUAAAUUAUACUAUUAUUAAUAAAAAUAUUUUAGCAGCUAUGGAAAUAAUUUCAAAUAAUAGCUGUGUAAAAUUUGAAAAAAAUCGUAUAUUUAAAAAUUAUAUUCUUGGUAUAGAGAUAACAAUAGUAAAUGAUACUUAUCUAAUGCCAAAAAGAGAAUUAUUUAAAAGAAGUUAUUUUUAUUUAAGAGAAUCAUGUACUAAAGAUGUAACAUGUAUUUUUACAAAUCUUAUGAUUUAUCUUGGAAGAUCACGAGAAAGUAAUCGUUUUGAUAGAGAUAAUUAUAUUAGUAUAUAUAGAAAUAAUAUAAAAGAUUGGCCAGGUAAUUGUGAAAGAAUAUUUCAAAAAAGAGAAAUAUGGGAAAAAACUAUGGACACUGAUUAUGAUUAUGGAUCAUAUUUCCAUGUUGAAAAACUUGAAUGUAGUAAAAAUGGAAAAUUUACAGUUGCUGCAAAAGAUCUAAUUUAUGAUAAAAUGAUAGGACAACGUUAUAGACCAAAUUUUAAUGAUUGGAGACUUUUUAAUGAUGCUGUUUGUAGAAAUUUUUGUAAAAAAGGAAUAGUUUGUGAAUAUGAUAGUUAUCCAAAUUAUAAUAAAUGUGAUGAUACUUGUGUUUGUCCAAAUGGAUUUGAAGGAACAAAUUGUACAUCUCUUACACCAUCAUCAUAUGGUUGUGGUGAACAGGUUAUUUAUGCUAAUACUAUAAGCAAAGUGUUAUUUGCAACAAGUGUAAAGAAUUGUACAUUCUUAAUCAAAUCGUUAAAAGGUAAGAAAAUAAAACUUUACAUUAAAGGAAUUUAUACAAUGUAUGAAAAAAUAUGUUUUGAAAAAAUGGGUCUAGAAAUAAAAUAUAAAGCUGAUAAAGGUGUGACAGGAAAAUGCUUUUGUGGGUUAUAUCGAGAUAUCAGUUUAAAAUCUGAUAAUGAUGAAGUUUUAGUUCAAUAUACGGGAAAGUUACCAGGUCAUUAUUUUAAACUUCAUUACUAUGAAUCAAAUUCAUAA